UCAAAGAAAAAUCAAAAGAAGUUGAAGAGAAGAAGAAGAAAAAAAAAAAAAAAUUCAAAAGAGGAGAAAAGAGAGAGCUGAAACACUUGAAGAAAAAAAAGCUUUCUUUCUUUCUCUUCUUUUCUUUUCUCUUCCAUUUUCUUUUUCCUCCAAACAAACAUCCAUUAAUAAAAUCUCCAAAAAUAAAAAAUAAAAAAAAACAUAUAAAUAUAUAAACCAAAUCAAAACUCCAUGGCUCCUGGCAAGUUAAAAAGAGCCAUUGGUGCUGUAAAAGAUCAAACAAGCAUUUCCAUUGCCAAAGUCGGAAACAGUGCUUCAUUAGCAGACCUAGAUGUUGCCAUUGUUAAAGCAACGAGACACGAAGAAUAUCCGGCGGAAGAGAAACAUAUCAGAGAGAUAUUGAGCUUGACAUGCUAUUCUCGAGCCUACAUAAGCGCCUGCGUAAACACCUUAUCUAGGAGGCUGAACAAGACCAAGAACUGGACCGUGGCUUUGAAAACCCUAAUGCUGAUCCAGAGGCUGUUGGCCGAGGGAGAUCCGGCUUACGAGCAAGAGAUCUUCUUCUCGACAAGAAGGGGAACGAGGUUCCUCAACAUGUCUGAUUUCCGCGACGCCUCCAACUCCAACUCGUGGGAUUACUCGGCGUUCGUGAGGACUUACGCAUUGUACCUGGAUGAAAGGCUUGAGUUCAGGAUGCAGAGCAGGAGAGGCAAGCGAAGCGCCUUCGGAUUCGAUGACGACGAUGACCCAGACGCUUAUUACAACAAUAACAAUAGAGACAAAGACAGAGAAAGAGACAGAGACAGAGAUAAUAAUAACAACAACCAGCAGAUAUGUGUGAGAGCCACACCGGUUCGUGAGAUGAAGACCGAGCAAGUGUUUUCCAGGAUUCAGCACCUGCAACAGCUCCUCGAGAGGUUUUUGGCUUGUCGCCCUACAGGUGCAGCAAAGACAAACAGGGUUGUUGCAGUGGCUCUUUAUCCCACAGUGAAAGAGAGUUUCCAGAUAUAUUAUGACAUCACAGAAGCGAUGGGCAUUUUGAUCGACCGCUUCACAGAGCUUGAGGUGUCUGAAUGUGUCAGGGUCUACGAAAUCUUCUGCCGUGUCGGAAAGCAAUUCGACGAGCUAGACAUGUUCUAUAGCUGGACCAAAACCAUUGCCAUUGCUCGCUCCUCCGAAUACCCAGAAGUCGAAAAGAUCACCACCAAGAAACUCGAGGUCAUGGACGAGUUCAUUAGAGACAAGUCGGCUUUAGCGCAAAGUGCAAGAGCAACAUCCGAAGAGAAACCCGAAGAGCCUGUGAAAGAAGAAGAACCAGAAGAGGAUAUGAACGCCAUUAAAGCUUUACCAGCACCGGAGGAUGUGGUCGAACCCGAAGCCGAAGAAGUUAAGGAAGAAGAAGAGCCUCCAAAAGUGGAGGAGGAGCUCAUUAAGGUACCACAACUAACAGAGGGUGAUCUUUUGAACUUGGGAGACGAUGCUCCAACAAGUGAAGAGCAUGCUGAUAAGUUGGCUUUGGCUUUGUUUGAUGAUGGUUCAUCAGCAACUGCUAGUUCUGGUACUACUACUGGACCUGGUUGGCAAGCGUUUUCAGAAGAAACCGCCGAUUGGGAAACAGCCUUGGUUCAAUCUGCGAGCGGAUUGCAGCACCAGAAGGCAGCACUUGGCGGUGGUUUUGAUAUGUUGUUGUUGAAUGGAAUGUAUCAGCAUUCAACGAACACAUCAGCAAUGCAAGCUCCUGGAUAUGGAAACAGUGGAAGUGCCAGCAGCGUCGCUCUCGGAUCAGCUGGACGACCCGCAAUGUUGGCGUUGCCAGCACCGCCGACGUCCAACAAUCCGGGAGCUAGUACGGUGCAAACAGACCCGUUCGCCGCCUCAAUGGCUGUCGCACCACCACCUUAUGUGCAAAUGUCAGACAUGGAGAAGAAGCAGAAGCUGUUGUUGGAGGAACAAAUGAUGUGGCAACAAUAUGCAAGGGAUGGAAUGCAAGGACAAAUGGGAUUUUCAAAAUUACAACAAAACAACUACAAUAACUACAACACAGGAGGUUAUACACGCACUUACUGAAAAAAAAUUAAGAAAAAGCUGAGAUAUGAAGGAGAAAAAAAACAAAUCUGAUAUUUCUUAACCUUGCAUUUUAGAGUAAUUUAAUUCCCUUACAUUUAAUUUGGUUCC